AGCGCCCUUGCUAUAAUUUUUUCCCUUUGCCUCACUUACAUUAUCCAUAAUCUUUCAUGGCGUCUUCUUCAUCUUCUUUUCGUCAAAUGAUGCACCAAGUUUUCUUGAUCUACGGAGGUGAAGACACACGCCUUAACUUCACCAGUCAUCUACUCAAAGCUUUUAAAGACAGGGGACUGAAUGUCUUCUUCGAUGAAGAAAAACUAGAGAAAGGGGAGCAACUUUCACAAGCACUUUCUCAAGCAAUUGCAGCCUCAAAUUUCUUAAUCCUUGUUUUAUCUAAAGACUAUGCUUCUUCGAAAUCAUGUUUAAGUGAACUCUCUCAGAUCAUGAAUUGUAAAAAGACUCAAGGACAUAUUGUUCUUCCCAUCUUUUACCAUGUUGAUCCCUCCCAUGUGCGAAAUAUUGGUGGGACUUUUAAGACAUCCUUCGGAGAGCAUGAAUCAAAGAGGUCGGUUGAUGAAGUGAAGCGAUGGAAAGCCGCCUUCACUGAAGUCGGUACAUUAAAAGGGUGGCAUAUAGGAGGAGGCAAAUUCGAUAGAUCUGAAACUGAGUACAUUAAAGAUGUGGUUGGAUAUGUUUUAAAAAAGUUGAAUAGCAAUUGUAGAAGUGUUUCUGAAGAAUUGGUGGGAAUACAUGAUCAAAAGAAGAAGAUUUUGGGGUUGAUUGAGCAAGUGGACAUACGUGUAAUAGGACUUUGGGGAAUGGGUGGUAUUGGCAAAACUAGCCUUGCUGAUGCUGUUUAUAAGGAAGUCUUUCCAAAGUUUGAAUGUAGUUUGUUUCUUCAAAACAUUAGUGAGAAAAUAAAAAAAUAGGGGAAUGAAUCUUUACGAAAUGAACUUCUUUCCAAACUGUUAAACGAAGAAGAAAUUUGUAUUGAUACCCCUUCUAUAGGAUACCCUUAUCAAGAGAGGCUGAAUAAUAAAAAAGUGCUUGUUGUCCUUGAUGAUGUUAGUGACUCAGCCCAAUUAGAUUUUAUGGGUGUCAAAUAUUUUGGUCCUGGAAGUAAAAUCAUUGUAACAUCUAGAGAUAGACAAGUACUUAAAAAUGGAAGAGCUAACCGCAUAUAUAAGAUAUAUAAGGUAAAGGAGUUGAAUGAGAA